CAGAACCUGGGAGCUCUGUACUUUUUAAGAGCUAAAUCUAUUUUUUCUUCCAUAGUUGGCAACACCAUUAUGACAUCACGACCUGUUCCCAAUGAGACCAUCAUACUGCUCCCAUCAAAUGUCAUCAACUUCUCCCAAGCAGAGAAACCUGAACCCACCAACCAGGGGCAGGAUAGCCUGAAGAAAUGUCUACAGGCAGAAGUCAAAGUUAUUGGGGUGCAUAGCAGCCUGGCUGGAAGCAUUCUGAGUGCUGUGUCUGCCCUGGUGGGUUUCAUUCUCCUGUCUGUCACCCUGGCUGCAUUAAAUCCUGCCUCACUGCAGUGUAAGUUGGACGGAAAGGAUAUACCAGCCAGACUUCUUUCUUAUGAUUAUCAUUCAGCUUACACCAAGGACUGCCGUAGAGCCAAAGCCAGUCUGGCUGGAACUCUGUCUCUGAUGCUGGUUUCUACUGUGUUGGAGUUCUGCCUAGCUGUGCUCACUGCUGUGCUGCGGGGGAAACAGACUGUCUGACUUCCCUGGUUACUCAUGUCCUCAAAGACGACUCAUGACGCUGGAUAUGAAGAACUAUUGACUUCUUGGGAAAAAAGGGAGAAAUAUUAAUUGGAAAGUUGAUUUUUAUGAUAAUAUGGAAAACCUAACCAUUAUAAAAAAGCAAACUUGAGUUUCCUAAAUGUAAGCAUUUAAAGUAAUGCAUAUUUGUUUUAAAAAAUUA